AAGAUUUUGUCUUUUUUUAUUCAAAUAAAAUCAAAUAUUUAUAUAUAUUGUGAUUAUUUUGAACCAAAAUAUCUAUAUAUAAAUAAUCGUUUAUUUUAUUGUCAAAAUGUAAGGCGACGUCAGCGAGGGUUGCAUUAGGUAUAACGACUGUCCUAACCAUGACAACCAUCAGUACUGGUGUCAGGUCUUCAUUGCCAAGAAUUUCUUACGUCAAAGCUAUUGACAUCUAUUUAGUGAUGUGUUUUGUGUUUGUUUUCGCCGCACUUCUGGAGUACGCGGCCGUCAAUUACACGUAUUGGGGCGCCAGAGCUAAGAAGAAACCCAAACCAGACAAAAGUGAUCCCUCGGGAGGCGCUAUCUCUCCCUGCGCUGGCAAACAGACAGACAACGUAUACACCAACGACGAGAUCAUAGAAUUGCAUGACAUCCGGAUGUCUCCGAUUCCGUGUCUCCGGAAUCGACACAACAAGAUGUGCAGCACAAGCGAUAGUGACCUACGAUUCCCUCCAUCGCUGCGAAUGUCAAAUCCGGUUCACCGCAUGUCGUACUCGCCCGCGAGGGCCGGCGUCUACGGACCCAAUCGGUCGCGUUAUGGCCGAAGUGAUCCUUACAAUAGGGCUAAACCGCGAAUGUUUCAGUCUAUAAGACGUCCCUUCAAAGUGUCGAUCCCUAAGAUUAGAGACGUGAACAAAAUUGAUAAAUACUCGCGAAUCAUAUUUCCCGUCUCUUUCAUGAUAUUCAACGCGUUUUAUUGGACAAUAUAUACUCUCUGAACACCGUUUCACUCAAACACUCAAUUUGUCAGCACUUCUUCUCCACCACAUCACCACUCAAUGCAAACAUCCAAUGAUAGACUCAAUUCAUUAAAUCUAUACUCAAUUAUAAUUUAUAAAUAACAUAAAAACUAUAUAUUAUUAACAUUAUAACAUAGAGUAUAUAAAUCUCAAGACACAACAGCUUUGGUUUCAUCGCAGCUCUCAUUUAUUGAAAAUAAUAUUUCAAAAAAUGCUUACAUUUUAGGAAUUUUCUAAUGAAGUCAUUGAAAUAUACGAAAAGUGCUAAUCAUUUCAUAAGAGAGACUCUAAGAGUAACUCUAGAGGACAGACAUUUAACAUGUAUUUGAAAACCAGACUUUAAUUGACUACAAGUGUAUCGCAUCAUCAUAUUUGUCAACAUUUGUUAGGAGACAUAUAAUUAAAUUGUUUUUAUUUUAUAUUUCAUUGGAUAUAAUAUUUGAAAUUGACUUUUAAGUGGAUUUUUGUCGUAAAGAUUAACUAAUCUUAUUAUUAUACAGAGAUAACCACUUAAGGCAUGUCUUCCGAAAUAUGGAGGUAUGGAUGAGAUAAUGGUUUGCGUCAAUACAGUGGUGUUGUUUUUGCUAUAAAUAAAUGAUAUGUUAAUUGAAUCAGGAUUUGAUAUAAAGGCUCUCAUCUAAUCAUUUAUUUCAUAUUCAAAUCAAUUGAUUCAAAACUCAAUAAAAGACUCAAAUAAUUUGUUGCUCUAAGUUAUUAAAUACAUAAUCAUUAUUCCCGUGUUUGUCGUCCAAUGGUUUAAUUUGU